GGGCACUUGAAUGGAGAGAGUUCAGCAAGAUGAGCGACGAUACAAAGGAUCCAAGAGAAGUGGCUCCAUUUCUAAAGGAAAGCAAGCUAACGGCCAUCGAUCAGAAGGAGCAGGAGUUAGAGGACGCCAGGCGGGAGCAGGAGCUAAGCGAAAAUCUAGAUGAUGGCAAGGAUAUAACCUGCGGCUUUUGGAUAUUCAAAGGACCUACGCUGCAGAGUUUCGCCACAGAGACAAUGUAUGUGACCAUCUAUGGCAUCGCUGGCUGUUUCAUGGCCAUGUGCUUUGCCUAUUUCAAUGGCACAAUUACCACACUGGAGAAGCGCUACAAGAUACCCACAAAGACGUUGGGCAUCAUUUCGGUGGGCAACGAUAUGAGCACCAUGUUUGCCUCGGCCUUGACUGGCUAUUAUCUGCGCAAAGUGCAUCGACCACGCUGGAUGGGUUUGGGUCUGUUUACAAUCGUCAUAUUUUGUUUGCUAAACUGCUCGCUGCACUUUAUCUAUGGCGCUGGCGAGGAUGCUUUGAAACUAACGCGUGAUCAUGGAGCUUAUCAGAACUUGAGUGGACAUUUAACUAGUUCACAGAGAGAUCAGAAGCUGUGCAUGAAUGAGACAUCGAGUUGCAUACAGGAGGAUAGUGUUUGGGUGCCACAAAUGAUUCUCUUUCUAGCUCAAUUCAUUUUGGGCAUUGGUCAGGCGCUAUUUCUAGUCGUGGGACUGGCCUACAUGGAUGACAACACCACCAAGUCCAAGACGCCAGCAAUGCUCAGCUUCUCCACUUUUCUACGCAUGCUGGGUCCUGCCAUAGGCUACUCCUUGGCCUCGCUUUGCCUGCGCUGGUAUAUAGAGCCGACAGCGGAGCCAUUGAUCAAGCCCGAAGAUCCUCGUUGGCUGGGCGCCUGGUGGAUAGGCUGGCUCAUCUUGGCCGCCAUGACAGCCCUAAUUGCCUUUGUUAUGACACUAUUUCCCAAGGAGCUGCCCAGCUCGAAGGCCAGACGCUUGAAAUACCGAAAGGCUGGCGAACCAAAUACAACUGUGGAAAUGGACUUCUCACUGGGCUACAUGUGGCACUCGAUCAAACUGCUGGCAACAAACAAGGUCUAUGUGUACAAUACGAUUGCCUCCAUACUCUACUUCUUUGGCUACAUGGUCUACUGGAUAUUCACGCCCAAGUACAUUGAGACCCAAUAUCAGCAAUCGGCCUCGAUGGCCACCAUGGCCACGGGUACCGUAGCUCUGGGCUUCUCUGCGGCGGGCGUGCUGCUCUCUGGGUUUGUUGUGUCCAAGUACAAGCCCAGUGCCAGAGCCUUGGCUGCCUGGAAUGCUACGGUGGACUUUUUGACAGUCGCUGGCAUCUUGGGCUUUGUUGCCAUUGGCUGCAAGGGCAGCGAUGAACUGAGUUCCAUGGCAACAGUGGAUGGUAGCUGCAGCGUCUCCUGUCACUGUGAAUAUGUGCACUAUGCGCCCAUCUGCAGUCCCGAUAAUGUGACCUAUAUAUCCGCCUGCCAUGCUGGUUGCACGGCCAAAACAAAGGAUCAACUGGAGCGCACUCUAUACACGGGCUGUGACUGCAUUAAUCCAACAAAUUUAACAACUGGAAUUGAAUUGCAGUAUGCUGUGGAUGGCGCCUGUCAUGUGGACUGCUUCAAUCAGUUUCUCCUUUUCUUGGGCGUCAUGUGUUUCCUGAAGCUCGUCGGUGCCAGCAGCAAGUCAACGAAUCUGCUCAUAGCAUUGCGGUGCAUACCGCCGGAGGACAAGAGUUUUGCCCUGGGCUUGGGCAGCAUGGUGGCUUCGCUGUUCGGCUUCAUACCCAGUCCCAUUUUCUAUGGCUGGCUGAUAGAUAAAUAUUGCUUGGUGUGGGGCAAGACGUGCAGCAACAAAGGCAACUGCUGGCUCUACGACACCGUAUCCUUGAGAUACGCCUUAAAUCUGGCGGCUGGCACUUGCAUAUUGCUGGGUGGUUUUAUGAACAUUGUGGUCUGGUAUCAUGCCAAGCAUCUCAAAAUCUUUGACGACGAGAAAGCCAAGAGCUUGGAGGAUAUCACACUAAAAGACUUGGGCAGCACGCUGCAGCUGCAAAAGCUUGAUGAGAAUAUCUAAAAAUAUCUAAUAUGUACUGUUAUCUG